AUGAAUUUUGAGGUUCAUAGGCAUCAAACUUUAAUUUCAAAGGCAAAUUUCUACAAAUUGCUAGGGCUUUCUUCUUCUCCAGAUGUUGUUAAUCCAAAUUCAGUAGUAAUUUCUUGUUUCAUUUCUAUGUUUUAUCAAACGGGGUACAAUUCUGAUCUUUCUCUUUUAUCAAAGUUUGAGAAGUCUGAUUUGCCUUUUAUCUGGAAUGCACUCUUCACUAUCUUUUUCAAGUGUUUAUCAGAAAGAACUGUUGUUUGGACUCAAUUUACUCAAAGUGUGAAUUCCAAUAUAAAAGAUUCAGAAAUUUCAUGUGCUCAAUUUUUGUCGGUAGUUGUUUGUCAUGCCCUAAAUAAUGACAAAGUACCAGAGAUAAAGGAUGUUGUUGUUAUUGAGAUUUUGAAGAUGCAGACGACUACUUUUGUAACUUCUGAUCCUAAGAAUUUCAAUUUUAUUUGUUCUAUUCCGGAGGUGAUGCUCGAUAGCGUUCCUCUUGAUAAUGAUAUUAUCAAAUCCUACAAGGAAAUUCUGAAUUCUGGUAAACCAAAGCAACAAAGAAAGCCAAAGUAUAAACAAGCUGUAAUUGAUGAAGAUUCAAAUGAUCAAACUCAUAGUAAUGUUAUUGGUGAAGAAACAUUCUUAAAUGAAGAUGAUAUUGCACAUACUUCUGAGGUCCCUUUAAAGACUUCUGAACUAAUUACAACAAUUACAACUCUGAAAGUCUCUACUCUACCAGCUUCAUCUGAUCAAACUCCACAUGAGUCAGAUGGUUAUGAAAAUAUAUCGAAUGAAGCUAUCAUUAAUUUUUCACAAAUCCAGUCACCACCUCUUCUAAAAUUCAUUUAUGAACCACAAAUCACUUUACCAUUCCAGAUUCUGAUCUUCACUAACUCCAUAAUGAAUCCUUCUAUAUCGCAAGCUACUCUAACCACAGAUACUCCACCACAAGUUUCUAUUUUUGAACUCGAUAAGGAGUAUAAUAGAACUUCAGGCAUCCCUGAGAACACAUCUAAUAUGGAGUCAAAUUACAACAUUGGUGUGACGAUUUUCGGAACCUACAUCGACUUCUAUUCCUACUUUGUUUCCAGAAUUGAAAAUGAUGAUGAUGUUGGUUUAUCUACUCCGAUAACUCGAGAUAAGUUGAAGGAUCUCAGAGAAGUGAAAACUGCUCGUAAGGGUAAUGUAUCUUCUGCAUCGGAGAAAGGAAAGGUUAAUAUCGCUUUAGAAGAAGAUGAUGAUAUGAAUCCUAAAUUAUCGGAAAAAUAA